AUGGCAAACGCGUUUGGUGAGGGAUCCAACGACGAUUACUUGAAGUACAUGAUUUACAAGCUCCCGGAUGAUUACAGAGGUGUGACCACUGGAUGGGUAUGGUAUAACAACCCCGCACCAAGACCAAAAAUUGAAAUUGGUGCCAAUGGCAUGGAAAUUGAGACUGAAUACCAAGAGUUCUUAACUGCUCAAAUCAAGUCGGAACAAGGUGACAAUUACAUUCUUGACACUGAUGCUGGUGAGAUUAAAAUUGCCAAGAAAGAAUGUUACAGCAGAAAUCCAACCAAGUUUGAUGGUGUAGACGAUAUGUCACAGUUGACUCAAUUGUCUGAAGCUACUGUCCUUUAUAACUUGAGACUGAGAUACAUGAAAGACAUCAUUCACACUUACUCUGGUCUUUUCUGUGUUGUGAUCAAUCCAUAUCAGUUCUUCCCAAUAUACACUCCUUUCAUGAUCAAUAAGUACACUGGAAGAAGAAAAGAAGAAGUCGCUCCACACGUCUAUGCUAUUGCCGAAGGUGCAUUGACUCAAAUGAGAGACUUGUCUGCUCAAUUCAGAAAUCAAUCCAUUUUGAUCACUGGAGAGUCUGGUGCUGGUAAGACUGAAAACACCAAGAGAGUCAUUCAGUACAUUGCUACCAUUGCUGGAAGAUCAAGUGCUACAAUGGGUGAUAUUGAGAACCAAUUGAUCCAAUUGAAUCCAAUGCUUGAGGCCUUUGGUAAUGCCAAGACUGUUAAAAACAACAACUCAUCUCGUUUCGGUAAGUUCAUUGAAAUUCAAUUCCAAGCCAACAAAGUCAUUGGAUGCAAGAUGACUAUGUAUUUGCUUGAGAAGUCCAGAAUAGUCUCACAAGCUAAAGAAGACAGAAAUUACCACAUCUUCUACCAAUUGUUGGCUGGUGCCACACCACAACAAAGAAGCGAAUGGAGACUUGAAGCACCUGAUAAAUACAGAUUGAUUUAUCAGAACAAGACGUCUCCAAAUGAAAUUAUGGUUGACGGCAUGAACGACUUGGAGGAGUUCAAGAACACUGUUGCUGCUAUGAGAACACUUGGAUUGUCUGACAAUCAACAAGAAGAAGUCUUCAAGAUUGUAGCUGGUAUGUUGCACAUGGGCAAUGUAUGCUACGUUGAUGGGAAGGAUAUGGCAGAGAUUUCCAACUUGGAUGAACUUUCAAAGGCAUGUGAAUUGUGGGGAUGUGAGCCAGAAGCACUCAGAAAGGCUCUUAUUCAGCCAUCUUUCAAAACAGGAAAGGAAGUCAUUGAGAAGAAGUACAACAAAACUGAAGCCGAAGCAAGCACACAAGCUAUGUUGAAGUUCAUUUACCACAGACUUUUCGUCUUCAUUGUUGAGCAAGUCAACAGAGUUAUGAGAAAGGACGGAGAUACUUCUAUUGGUAUUUUGGAUAUUGCCGGGUUUGAAAUCUUCAGAGAGAACUCUUUCGAACAAUUGUGCAUUAACUUGACUAAUGAAAAGUUGCAACAAUUCUUCAACAACCACAUGUUCAAUUUGGAACAAGAAGAGUAUUUGAGAGAAGGAAUUGAAUGGACCAGACAGAACUUUGGUAACGAUCUUCAGCCGGUCAUCGACUUGAUCGAAUCCAAGCAGAAAGCCUCAAUCUUGUCACAUUUGGAAUCUCAGUGUUUCACCAACGCAGGUAACGAUAAGCAGUUCUAUGACUUGAUUUGCCAAGCAUUUGGUGGACAUCCCAAGUUCAGAAAGCCAAGAGUUGCAUCGACUGCUGGACACUUUGAGUUUGAUAUCAUUCACUAUGCUGGUGAUGUGACUUACGAUGGUAUUGACUGGGUCAGAAAGAACAAAGAUCCAUUGGAACCACAAAUUAAAGAGACUUUCUUGGCUGCUCAAGGGAAGUUUAUUUCAGAACUGUUCAGUUUGCAUGUUGCCGGUGGUGAUGACUCUGGAGUUUCAGCUGGUGGAGCCAACAAGGGCCAGAGAGGUGCUAAGUUCUUGACUGUAGGAUCAAACCACAGAGAACAACUUGAUGAUCUUAUGAAGAAGUUAAGAAUGACUACACCACACUUCAUUAGAUGCAUUCUUCCAAAUACACAGAAGAGAAGACACUACUUCAUCGAUUCAACUGUCUUGAAGCAAUUGAGAUGCAAUGGUGUCUUGGAAGGUAUUAGAAUUACACGUCUUGGGUAUCCAAACAGAAUCAUCUACAACGAAUUCUUGAAGAGAUACUUCUUCCUUGGAACUAACAUCAACAAGAAGACUUCAGAUGCUAUGCCAGUAGUCAAGGAGCUCAUGAAACAAAUCUGUGAGAAGUACAAGAAGGAUGGCAAGCCAAGAGUUAACACUGAAGAAUUCAGAUUUGGUAAGACCAAGAUUUUCUUCAAGGUUGGUGUUCUUGCUGAAAUUGAAGAAAUUAGAGAGAACAGAGUCACUGAACUUAUUGGUGGUCUUCAUAUGUGCGCAAAAGCCUUUGCUCAAAGAAAGCUUAUUGAACAGAAACGCAAUGAACAGAUUGCUAUUACUGUCAUUCAAGACACCAUUCACACUUGGUACCAAUUCAGAAAUUGGGUCUGGUUCAGAUUAUUCCAAAAGGUCCGACCAACACUCAAGAGAAGAAGAGUCGAUGAAGAACUCGCAGCCAAGGACAAAGAAAUUGAAGCUCUGAAGAAGAAGCUUGCUGAAGAAAUUAAGAAGAGAGAAGCCGCUGAGAAGGCACUUUCUGAGAUGAAAAUCAAGAACGUCGAUUUGGAAGCUUUGGUCCAGAAGCUCAAAGACGAAAUUGAAGAACUCAAGGAAGAAAUUGAGUCGAAGAAGAUUGCACUUGAAGAGGCGGAUAUGAAGUCACAAGAAGACCAAGAACACAUUGAGGAACUCCAAGGUGAUAUUAAGAGAGGAAAGGAAGACUUGAGCAAGUUAACCACUGAGUACAAGAAACUUGAAGCUGAUAAUCAAGGACUUCAAGAUGAAAUCAUUGAGCACAAAGCGACUAUUGCUAAGAAGGAUAGCGUUAUCACAGAGUUGAACAAAGACAUUGAAGACAGAGAAGGCGAAAUUUCUGACUUGAAGAAGAAGCUUGAAGCGGAAGAAGACAAUUCAAAGGAUCUCGAGACACAAUUGCACGAGAAGGAAGACGACAUUGCUGAUUUGGAGAAACAAGUCAAGAAGUUGCAAAACACCAUUUCUGAUGUUAACGCACAGAAUGAAGACACUGGCGCUGUUUUGAACGAUACUAAAGACGAUCUUUCCAAUACCAAGAAUGAACUCAAGAAGACUCAAUUGGCUCUUGACGAUACUGAGAAGAAACUUGACCAACAAGUUGCUCAGAACAAGAAGGUCUCAGACGAGAGAGAUGGGUAUAAUCAACAAUUACAAGCAGAGAAGACAAAGACUGCUGCUUUAACUUCAGCCAAGAAUGCAAGUGAUAAGAAGAUCUCAGCUUUGAACUCCGACAAGGACGAGUUGGAAGACAAGAACAGAAAACUUGAUUCAAUGAACAAAGAUGCUCAAAGAAAGAUUGCUGAGUUGACAAAGAGAAUUGAAGACGGACUUAAUGACUCUGAUAUGUUAAAAGCACAGAAGGCCGACUAUGAAUCUCAAAUCCAAGCGUUGAAGGACGAUAUGGAGAAGACUGAAAAGGACUUGGCUGGUGCCAAAUCGAACAUGAACCAGAAAGACGUCGAAAUCAACAACUUGAAUGAAAGACUUGCUGAGACUGAAAAGGAGAAGGAAGAAAUUGAAGCAAAGAAGAAGAAGGCGGAGAAUGAAUUGGCAGAUUUAGAAGACGCUCAAUCCAACUUGCAAAGCGAAAAAGAUAGAACAGAAAAGGAAAAGAAGAAGUUGGAUAACGACUUGAAGGAAGCCCUCCAGAAGUUGGCAGACAUCACUGCUGAACUUGAGAAGAACAAAGCUGCUAAUAAGGAACUCCAAGCCAAACUUGAUGAGACUGCUGAUAACAAAGACAAGCUUGAAGCUGAUGCUGAGAAUAUGAAUAGAAAGAAAGAUGCUCAAGAAAAGCAAUUGGCUCAAUUGAAAGCUGACAAUGAUAACAUCUCUAAAGCUAAAUCAAUUGUUGACGCUAAAUUGAAAGACGCCGAAAGAGAAAAGGCUGCUCUUAAUGAAGAAGUCGAAGCUGUCAGUGAGAAGUUGAGAAUUACUAAGAACGACUUGGGAAGAACUAAAGCCGAACUUGACCAACUCCAACAGAACUAUGACUACCUCAAGAAGAAUGCCGACACUGAUGCUGCUGAUAAGAAGAAGCUCAAUGGAACUGUUAAUGAGAGCAAUAAGAAGAUUGAGGAAUUGAGUGCCAAAGUCGACGAACUCACUGGUGUUAUCACAAGAAGAGAACAAGAAGUUGCUGAAGCCAAUGAAGAGCUUGAAACUGUCAAGAAAGACAAAUUUGCUAAGGAAAAGGAGGCAAAGAAGUUGAAAGCAGAAAAUGACGAAAUUAAAGAGAAGGUGAAGAACUUGGCGAAUGACAAAGACCAACUUUCUUCUGAAAAGAAGAAGCUUCAAGACGAAUAUGACCAACUCAAUAACUUAGUCUCAGCACAUGAAGACGAGACCAACAGUCUUAAUGGAACCAUCAAAAAGUUGCAGAGAGAUGUUGAAGCUAAUAACCUUGAAUUGAACGAGUUGAGAGACAGAACAGCUAAGGACAAGAAGAAAAUUGCUGAUUUGGAACAACAAGUUCAAGACCUUGAAGAUAGACCAGUUGGGACUUCAAAUAUCGACCAAACUGAGGUCAUCAAGAGAGACAACCAAAUUGCUGAUUUGGAAAAGGCAGUUGCUGCUUUGAAAGAACAGAACACUCAACUUGAUGCCGCUAAGAAGGAUAUGAAGAAGCAAUCUGUUGAAGACGCUUCUAAGAUUGAGAAUUAUGAAUCACAGAUUAAGGCACUUGAAGCACAAAAGAAGAUGGCAUUGGACGACAAAGCGGAGGCUGAGAAGACUGCUGCGGACCAAUCUGAUAGAAGAAAAAAGAUGGAAGACCAAGUCAAAGCACUCAAUGCACAAGUUUCAUCACUUAAAGUCCAAGUCAGUGCACCAGCUUCUGUUGCUCAAGAAGAAGAGAAGAAUAUGUUGAAUGCAAGAAUUGCUGAAAUUCAAGCCCAACUUGAUGAAGAAAGACAGAAGGCUGACAGUGCAGAUGCUGCGAGAAAGGCUGCUGAGAGCAAAUUGCAGGAAGUCCAGUUCAACUUAGAUGAAGCAAAUAACACUAAGGAGAAGUUGACUAAAAAGGCUAAUGACUUGACCGUCCAAGUUGAUCAACUCACAGAGGAGAAGAAGAAGAACGAGAAGGAUUUGGAGGAAAUGGACAAGAUGAUCAACGACUUGAAUGCUGAAGUUGACAAGGCACAGAAGCAACUUGACACUGCAAAUGACGAUAAAGAUGGCAAUGAAGCGAUGAAACAGAAAUACCAAGACGAAUUGAAGAACGUUAGAACUGAACUUGAUCAAGAAAAGAAAGACCAUGCCAAGACCCAAUUGAUUAAGGGCAAGUACGAGAAAGAAAUUGCUGAAAUCACAGUCAGAGCUGAAACCCUUGAGAAGAACGUCCAGAUGGCUGAACAAGAGAAGGUUAAGACUAUGAGAGACUAUAAGGCUGCUUCUGAAGAAUUGAUGAGAACUAAGACCGAACUCGACGAGAAACAAGACGAAUGCGACAAACUUGAAGACGACUUGUCUGAGAUGAAGACUGAAUUGGAAGCUCUUGAACAAGCUGCUAAGACUUACAAACAGUCAAAGAACACUUACGAGAAGAAGUUGACUGAGUUGAACGAGCAACUUGAUCUUGAAAGAACCACUGCUCAACAGGCUAAAGCACAGAAGAAGAAAUACGCCGAGAAGCUUAGAGAAGUGAUGGAGAACGAAAACGAAUUUGGUGAAUAUAAGGAACAAGCCGAGAAGUCCAUUAACUCGUUGACUGCUCAAAAGGCUGAUUUACAGAAGGAACUCGAGAAGGAAAGAUCACUCAAACAAGAGGCUGACAAAGAAACUCAAAGACUCAGAGCUAAAGUCACCGACGCUGAAGCCAAAUUGGCAGACGCUGGUGCUACUGGAGCUUCUAUUGCUAAAUUGAAAGCGAAGUAUAACCAAGAGUUGGAAUCUGUCGAACAAGAGAAGGAAGAAGCACAAAACGCUGCUGCUAAAGCCAAGAAACAAGCCAAACAAUACGCCAGAAAGGUUGAAGAGGCUGAGAGAAAGCUUGCAGAAUACGAACAGAAGGAGUCUACUUUCAACACUCAAAUUGGUAAGACACAAGCCGAUUUGAAGAAGACACAACAAUCAGUCAGAGACAGUGAAAUGAGAAUUGCUGAGUUGGAAGAUCAGGUCAGAAAGGCCAAUGAAGAUCUGAACAACAAACAACUUGAAGUUGAUAAGGUCAAUGCUGAACUUAAGAAGACCAAGAACAGGUUGAAAAAGAUGCAAAAGGACGACAGCGAUGAUUAA